AUGGACGGCAGCAACCCCCCCAAGAAGACGACGCUGAGCGCAUCGGCCAAGGAAUUCUCCUUCAACCCAGGCGCCACUACCUGGACGCCACCCGCGUCCUUCGCGCCGCCGGCCCCGGCUCCAGCUCCGACUCGCGCCUUCGACAUUGCUAUGCCCGUUCCCAAGAAGGGCGGUGCGGCUGUGCUGGGUGCCCAGCCUGCGGCCGCUCCCGCUCCUACCGCCCCUGCCCCGCCUGCUGCUGAGCCCGACCCACGUGAGCACCUGAACGUUGUGCUCAUUGGCCACGUCGAUGCCGGCAAGUCGACCCUGUCCGGUAACCUUUUGUACCUCAUGGACAUGGUGGACAAGCGUACCAUUGAGCGAUACGAGCGUGAGGCCAAGCAGCGCAACCGUGACAGUUGGUUCCUUGCCUACAUCAUGGACACGGGCGAGGAGGAACGUGCCAAGGGUAAGACCGUCGAGGUCGGACGUGCCCACUUUGAGACGGAGACUCGUCGCUUUACCAUUCUGGAUGCCCCCGGGCACAAGAGCUACGUGCCAAACAUGAUUCAGGGUGCGUCGCAGGCUGAUGUGGGUAUCCUCGUGAUUUCGGCUCGAAAGGGUGAGUUUGAGACGGGUUUCGAGCGCGGUGGGCAGACCCGUGAGCACGCCAUGCUGGCCAAGACGCUGGGUAUCAACAAGCUCAUUGUCGUGAUUAAUAAGAUGGACGAGUGCAACUGGGGCCAGGAUCGCUUCGACGAGUGCGUUAACAAGCUCCGUCCUUUCCUGCGAAUGUGUGGUUUCGCUGUCAAGCGCGAUGUUUCCUUCAUCCCCGUGUCCGGUCUGCAUGGUGACAACGUCAAAUUGCGUGUCAAUACGUCGAAGGCUCCGUGGUACGAAGGAGAAUCACUCAUUAGUCACAUGGACACCCUGCAUAUCGCCAACCGUAACCCGGAUGGCCCAACGCGCGUGCCCAUUCUGGAUCGUUACGCCGAGCGCGGUACCAUUGCUCUGGGCAAGGUGGAGUCGGGUAUCCUCAAGACUGGCCGAAAGGUGCUGCUGAUGCCCACGAAUGCCACGGCUGUUGUGAACCAAGUAUAUAUUAACGAGCAGCCAGUACGCACGGCGAAACCCGGCGAGAACGUGACGAUCCGUCUGUCAUGCGGCCUUGACGACAUCCAGAAGGGUUUUGUUCUCUGCGGGACGAAGGAAGAGGCUCCUCCUCGCGCCAUCCACGCGUUCGCGGCCCAGAUUGCGCUGGUGGACACACUGGAGCACCGUCCCCUGCUGACUGCUGGCUACAAGUGUAUCCUCCAUAUUCACACUGUGGCUCAAGAGUGCGUGGUCGCUAAGUUGUUGCGUCCAGUUGACCCUAAGACGGGCAAGCCGGUGAAGAAGCACGUGACCUUCAUUAAGCAGGGCCAGUCGGUGAUCUGCCGGAUCGAAGUGGAGCAGAGCAUCACGAUUGAGACGUUCGCGAAUAUGCCACAGCUCGGCCGUCUCACGCUUCGUGACGAGGGUAAGACGAUUGCCAUCGGCAAGGUGAUGGCGCUCGAAAAGUAAGCAGCUGACAAUGCGACGAGGAGGAGGAGGAAACAAAGGAGCCCACUGAAGAGUGGUGCUACUUUGAAGCAGGAUAGACAGGAGUGCUAGCUCUCGAUGGUACACCAAGCAGCUUCGUGUCA